CCGCGUCUCUGCAACAAGAUGAUGUUCUGCUGCAGCAUCUUAGCUCUGCACCUCUUCUUCUGCGUUCACUCCCUGCCCGUACACGAGCGGAGGACCGGCAGCAAGCACAAGCAGCUGCAGGGAUGGGAUCACAGCGGCAGCCAUGUUGGUUUGAAGAAAAGGGGAAGACAUGAACAGGACACUCUGAGUAAAGAUUACCAUUUAAAGACUGUGCUCGGCUCCAAAAAUGACACCAAGUUCUGGAAGCGUCCUCGCUGUGGAGUCCCAGACUUUCCCACCUUAACCCAGGUGGGCCUGUCCUACUACAACCUGAAGAAGAAGAAAGGCGGCCUGAGCCGACAGCAGCGCAGGAAGAGGUUUGCUCUGUUUGGAGGCCGCUGGGAGAAGACUGACCUCACGUACAAGAUUCUCCGUUUCCCAUGGCAGAUGAGUGAGGACAAAGUCCGGAGAGUUCUCCUGGAGGCGUUCAGUGUGUGGAGUGACGUGACUCCUCUUAGGUUCAGAGAGGUCAUCAGUGAGAAAGCAGACAUCAUAAUCGACUUUAACAGGUACUGGCAUGGAGACAACUUACCAUUCGACGGUCCUGGAGGAAUCCUCGCCCACGCCUUUUUCCCCAGAACUCACAGAGAAGGAGAGGUUCACUUUGACUAUGAUGAGCACUGGACGGUUGGAAACGAAGUGGGCACCGAUCUCCUGCAGGUGGCGGCUCAUGAGUUUGGCCAUGUUCUGGGUCUGCAGCACUCCCUGGAUGAUGACGCUGUGAUGAAUCCAUUCUACAGCGACUCCUACCCUCUGCGGCUGAGCGAGGACGACAAGAGGGGCAUCCAGUAUUUAUACGGCCCGCCUCGGCAUGCUCCCCCUGAUAUAACGGAGACCAACGAGGUCGACAUUGGAGUGCCGGACGCCUGCAGGACCAGCUUCGAUGCCGUGUCCAUGAUCAGAGGAGAGCUCUUCUUCUUUAAGUCCCGGUACGUUUGGCGUAUUCGUGACGGGCAGCUACAAGCGGGCUAUCCAGCCCUGGCUUCACGCCACUGGAGAGGCAUUCCUGACCACAUCGACGCUGUGUAUGAAGACAAGACCGGGAACAUCUGGUUCUUCCAAGGUGACACCUACUGGGUGUUUGAUGCAGAGAGGAAGAUCACAGGACCGGAUUCGGUGCAGCAGCUCGGUCUUCCUACUACGGAUAUCCAAGCAGCUCUGAAGUGGGAUAAAGACCACGUGGAGAAAGUCUACUUCUUCAAGUCGGCGUCAUACUGGUCCUUCGACCCUCAGCAGAACCGAGUGGACAGCGUUCAUCCAGUCAGCAUCCAUGACUGGGAAGGAGUGCCCAGCCGGAUCGAUGCAGCCUUCCAGGACAAAUAUGGUUAUGCCACUUUCCUGAGCGGGCUCAACUACUGGAAGUUUGAUCACGUGGCUCUGAAAGUGCUCGGAGGCUACCCCCGAAGCAUCGGCAUGGACUUCUUUGGAUGCUCCUCUUAAACGACUGAAAAGGUUUCUGCUGCAUGGAGCAGUGCUCGGAUUUUUCAGCCUCAUGCCCCAGCAGAACAUUCUGGAUGUUCAUGGCGGAUGUAGUUUUUUAAGAAGACUGAGACCCCCUUAAAAUGAACAAACUCCUGCCAAAGUUAAAGCAGUCAAAAUGUUCAAUUUGAAUUUGGUUGAAUGGUUUUAAAAUUUUACUGAGCUUCAUUCAAAGAUUCAACAUCAUCCAGUAGGUGGCAGGCUAAAGUUAUCCUUUAUCUCAAGUUCUCCAGCGUACCUCCACUACAGGAAUGG